UCCCGUUUCAUGAUGCACGGCGAUCCAGCAAUAGUACUGGGGGGAGUGUCCGUGUGUGGAGGUGCGAAAGAGGAACUGGCGCUUCCUGCAACUGCAAUAAGCACAGAGCUCGCUGCGAACUGCAUCGCAACUCCAGCAUCUCAUCUUCUUCAGUCGCGUUCGACACUUUUCGCGGACCCAGCCGCUCCUUCACCAUGUCUCAACCUCGCCAGCUCCGCGACGAGAGUGAUUUCGACCAGCUGCCCGACAACAUCCCCAUAAGUGCCACCAUAGCCGACAUUGAGGAGAGGAGGGGAUUCAUGAUCUUCUAUCGCUUUGUGAUCGAGGUGAAAACGAAGGGAGGGAGCAAAUACCUGAUAUACCGCAGGUACAGGGAAUUCUUCAACCUCCACCAAAACCUGGAGCUCAAGCUCUCCACAAUGUCUCCGAGUGGCCCUUAUAGCUGUUCCUUGCCCUUCUUGCCCAAAAAAGUGUAUAUGGGGAACAAGCAGGAAAUUGCAGAAAGCAGGAUACCGGAGCUCAACAAUUACGUGAAAAAACUGCUGUCCCUACCCACAUGGCUUCUAAUGGAGGAGGAGCUCCAGAUGUUCUUCUACCAGAGUGAGCUGGACAGCCAGCAGGUCCCUCGCACCCUCCGUCGGCUCCGCCCCCCCACCCGCAGAGUAAAAGCUGAGAAACCUAAACCUGAUCUGCUGUCAACCCCCAGAGCAGAGGCGAUGUUCGACUUCAGCGGGAGCGGGCAGUUGGAGCUGAGCCUGCGGGCCGGCGAGGUGAUCUUCCUGCUCCGGAGAGUCAACGCUGACUGGCUGGAGGGUACAGUGAGGGACCGAACAGGCAUUUUCCCCGUGUCCUUUGUGAAGAUCAUCAAGCCCCUGCCUGACAGUGAUUCUGAGGGAGAGGGUGAAGGUACGAAGGGACCACCAGCGGGUUCCUACAGCUGCCUGCGCUGCUACCUACACCAGGGCGGCAGUGUGGAGACCAGGGAUUUGUGUGUCGAGGAGGACCUCUCUGCCCAGCCGUCCUAUAAAGACCUCCUCACACGCAUGAGGGAAGUGUUCCAACUCGAAGACAUUGCACUGAACUACCGGGACUCAGAAGGCGACCUGGUGCGGAUUUUGGAUGACGAGGACGUGAAGCUGAUGGUGAUGGAGGGCAGGUGCCAAGGAUCAGAGAUCAAGAGGCCUGUGAACCAGUAUCCCUGGGAGCUACACAUCACCCUGGCCUCUGACCUCUCUGUGUACAACACAGAGCCCUGAGAAUCUGGCAGGGGGUGCGCGCGCAAAGUUCUGCAUGUGUGUUGUGUGCGUUCGUGUUCUUAUGUUUACAUUACAUUACAAUGUCCAAGCUGCCCUGGGUGCGUGUGCAAAUGUGUAUGACAGAACCUGAGAUAAAGUGAGACGAGAUGCCGUUGCAUGAGGGCUGAGAAUCUACCCGUGAUGCCACGGAUGCAGUUGCUGAAGCUGCUUCAUUUGCAGAAGUUUUCGGUUUUAAACAUGGUUGAUCAAGAGUGUUAAAUAAAGCAAACAGAACAGCAUGUUAGAGGAACAUGAACAUGUAGAAUUACAACCCCUCUUGACUAUGGCUCAAGUUUUAUACAUGUUAUAUUAAAACAUUUCAGAAAAUGCUAUAUUUAACAUGAAAAUCUGCAAAAUUGUUUGUCUAUUUUUUGUAUGUGUGUAUAUAUGGAGGAAUAGGGGUUAUAAUAGUCACUGAUUCACAGUCAGUGCUGUUUGUCAUGUAAUGUUACCAAAAUGCUCUGGAGUAAAAAAAAAAAAAAAAAAAACAAAUGUUUCUGGCUAUGGAAAAUUGUGAGGCUAAAAUCAUAAUACAUAAUUAAAAACACAAUGA